AUGCCGAGACAACGCGGCAGCCGCUCGGGGGCUCUGAUGCUGGCCCUGCUGCUUCAGGCCUCCGUGGAAGUGCGUGGCUGGUGCCUGGAGACCAGCCAGUGUCAGGACCUCACCACGGAAAGUAACCUGCUGGCGUGCAUCCGGGCCUGCAGGCCCGACCCCUCGGCCGAGACGCCCGUGUUCCCCGGCAACGGCGACGAGCAGCCGCCGACCGAGAACCCCCGGAAGUACGUCAUGGGCCACUUCCGCUGGGACCGCUUCGGCCGCCGGAACAGCAGCGGCGGCGGCGGCGCGGGCCAGAAGCGCGAGGAGGAGGCGGUGGUGCUGGUGGGCCGCCCCGCGCCCCGCGGCGAUGGCGGCGAGCCGGGCCCGCGCGAGGGCAAGCGCUCCUACUCCAUGGAGCACUUCCGCUGGGGCAAGCCGGUGGGCAAGAAGCGGCGCCCGGUGAAGGUGUACCCCAACGGCGCCGAGGACGAGUCGGCCGAGGCCUUCCCCUUGGAGUUCAAGCGGGAGCUGGCCGGGGAGCGGCCCGAGCCCGCGGCGGCCCCGGCCGGCCUGGAGUACAGCCUGGUGGCGGAGGCCGAGGCGGCCGAGAAGAAGGACGAGGGGCCCUAUAAGAUGGAGCACUUCCGCUGGGGCAGCCCGCCCAAGGACAAGCGCUACGGCGGCUUCAUGAGCUCCGAGAAGAGCCAGACGCCCCUGGUGACGCUGUUCAAAAACGCCAUCAAGAACGCCCACAAGAAGGGCCAGUGAGGGCGCAGCGGGCGAGGGGCUUCUCUCCCCAGGGAGUCGGCCCUACGCCCCGCUCCUCGCCUGCCUCCUGCCGCCUCGCAGCCUGGGUGUGCUGUUUGCUCGGGCCGUGAUAGCGGCAGAUGCUCGGCCUCUUCCCGCCGUGUGUAGUUAGGAAAUAAAACCCUUCCAGUUUCACAUCUGACUCUGACUUUGAAUGUCGACUGGGUGAAUAAAGUAAAAAUACAUAUCCAUCAGAUAAAGAGCAAAAGAUAUCGGAGGAGAGACAUAAUGGUUUCCGUGUGACCGAGUGGUAGUCUGUUACACAGGACAUAGUAGGAAGGGAAAGAAUGUACUCUCCCCCAUAGAUGGGUCUUCAAGGGGCCAAAUAGUUUGGGUGAUGGCUCAG